AUGACGGGGAAGAAGUCUUCCCGGGAGAAGCGGCGCAAGAGAAGCGGCCAGGAGGCGGCGGCGGCGCUCGCGACGCCGGACCUGGUGGCCUCCCUGGGCGGCAGCGGCGGUGAGGGCGCCGGCGGCGGCGGGAACGCCGGCUUCCCCGGGAGCGGCGCGGGCGGCGGGGAGCGGCGGAAGCGGCGGAGCACGGACCCGUCCUCCGGCGUGUCGGGCUCUGUGCCCCAGGAAACCAAAUAUCUUUUACCAACUUUGGAGAAAGAAUUCUCGGCAGAGCACAGUGACCUUGAAGAAGGUGGUCUGGACUUGACUGUGUCAUUAAAACCAGUUAGCUUCUACAUAUCAGAUAAAAAGGAAAUGCUUCAGCAGUGCUUCUGUAUUGUCGGAGAGAAGAAGUUACAGAAAAUGCUGCCUGACGUGUUAAAGAACUGUUCAGUAGAAGAAAUUAAAAAAUUAUGCCAAGAACAGUUAGAACUCCUAUCUGAAAAAAAGAUAUUAAAGAUUCUUGAGGGUGACAAUGGUAUAGAUUCUGAUAUGGAAGAGGAGGCAGAUGAUGGCUCGAAGAAGGGAUCUGAUUUAGUCAGUCAACAAGACAUCUGUAUGGAUUCUUCUUUAUCCCUGAAAGAAAACAAGCAACCUGAAGGUCUGGAAUUAAAACAAGGCAAAGGGGAAGACAGCGACGUACUCAGUAUAAAUGCAGAUGCUUAUGACAGCGACAUAGAGGGCCCAUGCAAUGAAGAGGCAGCUGCUCCUGAGGUCCCAGAAAAUACGGUCCAGAGUGAAUCUGGUCAGAUAGAUGACCUGGAGAAAGACAUUGAGAAAAGUGUGAAUGAGAUUCUGGGACUGGCAGAGUCGAGCCCAAAGGAGCCCAAAGCAGCCACGCUAACUCUUCCUCCAUCAGAAGAUGUCCAGCCUUCUGCACAGCAGCUGGAGCUGCUAGAACUUGAGAUGAGGGCAAGAGCCAUUAAAGCCCUGAUGAAAGCUGGUGAUAUAAAAAAGCCAGCCUAG